AUGUGGAACAGCCAUUCCAAUUCAAAACGUCUCGUUGUAUUCUCCAUUUGUUUGGUUUUACUUCCCUGUCUACUCGUCUCUUCCUUGCGGAUGACUAAAAAACGACGCCCGAAUCGCGUAGAAUUGACGCACGACGUUACCAACAAACCGGAUGAGUAUUACUACAGAGAUCCUCGUCCUCAGGUCGUUUACCUCGAUCACAUUGUCAACAAAUUUCGGCAAGAUUCGAACGACAAGUCGAAACAAUUGAACGAGAAAUCAAGCCGCUACGGGAGUUCGUACACUAAUUUGCAAGUGAUUAAGAAUCCAGUAGCUAAUGACGAUUACGGAACGGAUGCUGAUUACCAUAACGACGUUGAUCCGCAUUAUUACGACGAGAAACCCAACUGCAACGAAGUCAAGAAGAAGAAAAAGAAGGUAUGGGACAACUUGUCAAAGAAGAAGAAAGCCAGCAUCAUUUUAGGGUCGAUCGGCUUCGCUUUCGGUAAAUUAGGUUUGAUUUCCUUUUCUUCGUUGGUGGUCUCUGAAGACACGACCACAACGUCGACAACAUCAACGACGUCCACGACUACAACGCCGACAACAACCACAUCGACCACUUCAACAACGUCGACGACUACCCCAACGACGACGACGACAACGACGACAACAACGACCACAACAAUGAUGCCAAUGACGUGCGCGACUACAUCGAAAUCAACUGGAUCGUACAAAACGAUUCGAACUCCAGGCAAUCAGGUGGAACAAUGUCUCUCCAUCACCGUUGCUCCGGGCAGCCGAAUUCAAAUUACCUGCACUUCCAUCAACGUAUCUACUGGCACUUACGUCACCAUAUUGGAUCAAUCCGGUACGAGUAUCAUUGCUAAUCCGCCUAUUAUAAAUACACCCUACACCACAGCGGACAACACGUUGAUUAUCAAAUCUCUUGCCAGCAGUGCCAACGCCGAUCAGCUGUGCUGCGAUUGGAUAACAGUUUAA